AUGCAGUCCAAGAUCCUCCUCGUCGCCGCCGGCGCAGCCACCGGCGCCCUGGCCAUCGGAGACCUCUCCGGCUCCUUCCCCCAGAACCUACGACGCGGCGCCGCCGCCCUCGAGGCCCGCGACGAGGCGUCCUGCAUCGCCGCCGUCUCCGAGCACGCCACCGUCACCGCCGACUUCCCACCCAUCCCCGAUGCCCUCGCCACCGGCGCCGGCGCCAACAUCCCCCAGGUCACCGACCCGUGCCAGUUCCCCUCCGUCACUGGCUCCAUCGGCGAGGUCCUUACCUCCUACUCCUCCGCCCUGCAGUCAUGGGAGGACGCCCACAUCACUGAGAUCCGCGCCCUCUGGGGCGCCUGCAGUGACGUCCCCGAAAUCUCCGCCCUCAUCGCCCAGUUCGGCGCCUCCAUUUGCUCCACCGCUCUCGGUCACAUCACCAGCCAGGCCAGCGGCGUGGCUACCGCAACAGCCACCGCCACCGCCACAGCUACGGCCACCACCGCUGGCGCCGGUGAGACCUCGGCCGUGCCCUCGACUGCGGUCCCUGCUGCUGCCGCGCCCCGAGAGACCGGCAUGCUCGUUGCCGCUGCCGCUGCCGCUGCCGGCUUUUUCGGUGCUGCCAUGCUCUAA